AUGUCGGGUUUGAAUGCUAACUUGGCCAAAAGUCAGAUCUUCUUUAGCUGUGUUAAGCCUAAUAUGCGAAGAAUUAUCUUGGGCAUCCUCCCGUUUGAUGUUGGUAAAUUUCCUUUUAAGUAUCUUGAAGUUCCGAUGUGUAUUACGAAGCUAUUUUGUAGAGAUUGUAAACAAUUAGUUGAGAAAAUAAAAAUGAGAGUUUUUAACUGGAAAAGCAAAUUUUUAUCUUUUGCGGGGAGGUUGCAUCUUAUUAAUGUUGUUUUGACUUCAAUUCAUGUGUAUUGGGCUUCUAUUUUUAAAAUUCAUGUCACCACCAUCAAGGAGAUUGAGAAGCUGUGUAGAAGUUACCUUUGGGCUAAUGUGGAAGUGGUUAAAGGGAAAGCUAAAGCCAGUUGGAACAAUAUCUGUAAGCAUAAAGAAUAUGGUGGUCUUGGAGUGAAGGAUUUGAGGAAAUGGAAUGAUGCCCUUUUAGCUAAACAUGUUUGGAAUGUUAUUAAAAAUAAAAAUUCUCUUUGGGUCCAAUGCGUGAGAAGGAAUUAUAUCAGGGACAGAUGUUUUUGGGAUAUUAAGCAGAAAAAGAAUAUGAAUUGGACUUGGGAAAGGAUCCUUGAAGUAAGGAAAGCUAUUAGGCCACAUGUGGUGUCUUGUGUUGGAAAUGGGAUGAAUACUUCACUUUGGCAUGACUGGUGGCAUCCUAUUGGAAUUCUAAGUGCUAUUAUAUCUACAAGGGAAUGGGUCAGUAAAGGGUUUAAUGAUAUGUAUUUGGUCAGUGAUGUCAUGGUUAAUGAUCACUAUUUGUGGCCUGUUGAAUGGAUGAAUGAUUUUCCAGGAUUGAGGGAUGGUCCUAUGUUUUGUAAUAAUGCUGAUCAGUUGGAUGUUACUGUUUGGAGAGAUAAGAAUGGGAUAAGUAAACAUUUUUUAAGUAAACAGGAUCAGGUCAAAUGCUGGGAAGUCAAGGGUAAUUUGCUAUGUCCUUUUUGUUUAGUUACAAAUGAUUCCCAUGACCAUCUUUUUUUCAAAUGUGAGUUCUCUCAUCUUAUUUGGAGCCAUUUCUGUAAUAAGAUGGAUCUUUGUAUCAGUUAUGAUGAUUGGAAUGAGCUUAUUUUGAAGCUUUGUGGUUUCAUUAAAGGGAAGGCUGUUGAGUCUUUGGUCAAGAAAAUUGUGUUGGCCAGUUGUGUUGCUCAUAUUUGGAAGGAGAGAAAUUCUAGACUUUUUAGUAAUAUUAGCAAAUUACACAAGGAGGUGAUUUUCUGUAUUGAAAAAGAAGUUCAGCUGAAGCUGUUGGGGUUGAGAAAAAAGUCUAUUAUGGUGAAUGAUAAAGAUUAUAAGAAUUGGGGAAUCCAUGGAAGGGAUAGAAGGUGUAAAGAUGAGUAUAAAAAUGUUGAUAAGUAG